AAUAAGAUAUAAUAACUAAACAAAAGUCAAAAAUUCAUUAUUUAGACGGGGAAUAAUAAUGUAUUGGAACUCGGUUUAGUAUAGGAUUUAUAUUUAAAUAGUACAAUUUUGAAUUUGGAAGUAUAGGAAACUAAAAUAAAUAAAAACAAUUAAUAAUCUAAAAUAAAUAAAAUUAUGUUUGUAGUGAUUAAUUAAAGUGUCAAAUUAUAAUCAAAAAACAAUUACGGGGACAAUCAUACUAAAAUAGGAUAGAUGAAAAAAAAUCGUCAAAUUAAAUUUAAAGCGUUUUUUGUACUGUAGACAAUAAUGCUAACUUAAUCAUAAAAUAUUUAUGAUUUAUUUCACCUACGCCCUAUAUUUUUUGUAUUCAAAUCGAUCUUUUUUUUUAUAAUAAAUCAUAAAAGCACAGAACGUGAGCAUAAAUUUAUUACGUUUAUAUAAUUUAAUAAUAAUAUAAACUGAUAACGGUUUUUCACAAUUUCCCCUCCAUUCACAAACUUUUAAAAUUGUAUUUAAUUAAGUGUAUAUUUAUAAUUAUUAUUUCCAUUUAGUCAAUGCAGAAAUGGUCUAAAAGUAUUCAAGUGUUAUUAUUUUCAUUCAGACUAGUUUUCUAAAUUGGUACUAAUUUUACAUAAUUAAAAUAUAAAUUCUCAAAAAUAUAAUCAGUCCUUAUAAUAGACGCUAAAAAUGUUAACCUACACGGACAUACAUCUAAUAUAUAUUCUUCCAGCUGUUGGAGUAUUAACACUUAUAACACUGCCAUUUAUCAAUCGCUGGGAGACGUCUAAGAUCGUAAUCAUAACCGCUGUAGCACUUAUCUACACGACGCCGUGUUACAAUUACAGCAUCUCUAACAGAGCCAGAUCGUAUUCACCAGGACGAGUUAAAGCCGUCGUAGGAAACGUACCCGUCGAAGAGUACUUGUCAGUUGUCCUACAGACCGUGUUGACUUCGCUUUGGGCUUUGCUGUGUCUCCGGUGGAGACUGCCGUUUUUGAAUUUCAACCACGACAAACGGAGUUAUCAAUUGAUCCGAUGGAUACCGAUUUUGUUACUGAGCGUUGCCGUGGCUGUAGGGUUCAAAAUUGCCGUUCCGGGACAAAAAACGUUCUAUUUGGGAAGUAUUCUGUAUUGGGCGUCCCCGGUCAUCAUGCUCAUGUGGUACGGUGCCGGCAACUAUUUCGUGAGAAACAUUAAGCUGUCGUUCAUGGCGAUCGUGAUUCCGACUUUAUACUUGUUAUGGGUCAACCGAAUAGCCCUGAAGGAGAACAUAUGGCAUCUGAAUAAAGCGACCAGCUUAAACGUAAUCGCGAUGAAUGGUUUACCAUUAGAAGAAGUAUUAUUUACGGUUAUAACGACCACUAUGGUUGUGUUGGCGGGAACUUGUUACGACAAAGCGUACGGGAUGAUUGUAACCUUCUCGUUGAUAUUCCCUCAUCAGUUUAGUAUAAGUUGGAAAUUCAUCAGUCAGAUGUAUCGAGCGUUCGAGACUCCAGAAUAUUCUAUGCCGUCUAUUGUCACAGAAGAUUUAAAAAAAUGUAUCGAAGUAUUAAAUUCUUCGAGUACAUUUGGUACUUCUAAUUAUUUAUUUCACAUCGGUAAGUUAUCAUGAUGAUACAUUUUUAAAUACAAACAACACUUUUUAUUAUAUGAAUUAUUAAUUAAAGUAAUAUAUAAUAUAAAUACUAGUGUCAUGGA